AUGGCCUUCUUCUCCGGACUUUCGAGCUCCAUCGGCAGGAAGCUACUCCUGUACGGUCUGCGCCAAAUCGACAUACUCGACAAGGAUCCCGCCGACUUUGUAAGCGUUGAUGUCGGCAAGCGGACAACACUCGAGGUCCGCGAUGUCGGGCUACACAUCAAGAAAUUGGUAGCAUUGCUACAUCUCAAACUACCUCAUGAAAUCCAUCUGUCAAAAGCCCAAGCCUCGUUACUCCGAGUCACGUUCAUCCUCGACUUCGGCGUACCCCGAAUAUCGAUUGAAGUGGAUGAUAUACAGAUACAGGCUAGACUAUUGGAGAAUGCCGGCGAUGACGUUUCAGCUCAUCCCACUGAGCAUCCGGACCCAUCCCAACCAUCGCCACCUCGACGGAGAGCCUCGCCACCACCCACCCGAGACGAUUCGAGCGACCCCGGCUCCUCGGAAGAGGAUGACUAUGUGCCAACAGUGGACGAGCUAGCAAAUUCCUUCCUACGGACGGAACCUGAAGAGGAGAUACGCGAACUGCAGGAGGAGCUGGCAUCUCAAGCGUCAUAUAUGCAAGAGUCAAUCGCAUCAAGCGAUGAUGGCGACGACAAUUCUGCUGGCAUGGGAGCCCCGCUGGCACUUCCAGCAUAUCUGCGAAACAUCCUUAAUACCGCCUUGGACCGCCUCAGUAUCGCGGUCAAUGAUAUCAACAUUGAGCUGGAAGAUCAGUCUCCAAAAGAUACUCCAGACUCAUCAAGGUCGAUCCAAAGCUCGCCCGCUGCCCUCAGCUUCCAUGUAGAACGCGUUGCCAUAGACUCGAUAACUUCCAAGGAUAUACGUGUAGAUUUGGGCUCAACAACAGUUCCUGACGCUUCCAAGCUGGGUAAACGAAGAAUGCGUGUUGAGAACAUUUGUGCACGUCUUGUAUCUGAUGUGGAGAAUUUUGUCUCUUUAUCGAGGUUUUCGCAACCGUCCUCACCCCUUAUGACUCGGUCAGAAGUCUCGACUAGCCAAAAGUUCUCUGGGGAACCGUCCGCGAGUUACAUGUCCCGCCAUUCCAUUCGUGGGGAGUCUGUGCACUCUACACAGGAAGAGCCCAGUCUUUCCAUACACGAAAAACCUAGUCACUCCAUACACGAGGAACCCAAUCGCUCUGUACACGAAGAGCCCACUAGUCCGGUCGCUUCACUUCUGCAAGCGCCCGUAAGCCCGCGCAACAUCUCCCCACCCCCUCCCCUAUCACCUGAUCUGCCGCAGCUAGAUCUAUCCGUGCACACUGUAGACGAUGAUCGUUUUGCAGAUGCGAACUCCGACGAUGGCCCAGACGACAGCUCAGUGAAUGGCUCACCCAGUCAGUCUCGUCAGUUUUUGCCUCCGCGUGACCUAACCGAGAGCAAUCUGCUUUACGACGACGAAGGAUUGCUUGACUAUGCGAUGCAGAACGGUAUGCUCAACUUCCAACUCGAAGAUGAGCCAGUCGUUGAAGCCUCCGCAAGGGCUCCGAAUACCUGGGAAUUGAACGAUGCUGCUUCAAGUCAACAUACUCGGAUAUCAGAAUCUGCUAGUGAUGGUUCAGCUUCUGGCCUACCCACUGUAUCUGCCUUGGGACGUUCGUUUCGCCCUCCAAGCGUGACCAACUCGCCGUCACAAUCGGGAUACUCUGAGAGAGCCCAAGGCUCUAUCGACAAUCUAGUUGUAGCGCACCAACACCCCGCGGAAGAUGCACAAAGUCCUGCCAAUAGCACACAUUCAAAUCCUCCGUCGCCACCGGCAGAAGAGGAUUUGUCUGAAUCAAAGUUUUUCACUCAUGACGAGGCUGAAAGCAUGUACAUGAGUGCGGUGAGUGCGGCACAGGGAAGUUCGAUACAGCAGGGGCAUGUCCCUGGAGGUUGGGAUUCUUCAUCAGCAUCAAGUAAAGACUCUACUUCAGACAAAUCUGGGCCGAUCCCUGAGGAAAUGGUUUCCGCUAGUACAUUAGCGCCAGCAAUAGAGACUGAAGACGGUUGCGAAACCCCUCGUCCACGAAGUCGGCAGAGCUCCUUCUCGUCUUCACAUACUGGGCGCGCACAAACCCCUGGUCCUGCUCCUCCAGCUAUUCAAAGGCAGGCAAAGCGAUUGCUCACAAUUGAUGAGAUUACGAUUUGGUUUCCCAUGGGCCUUAACGAUGUAGACGACGACAGCGGAGGGCAUGAGGAUGUUACUGAGUCGGCGACUUUUGAGUUCAAACCAUCAAAUCUGGGCGAAGAUUCGAUAUUUGCAGAAAUGCCUGGAUCAUUCUCCAAUUACGCCUAUUCCUCGUCGCAUCGCAAGAAGCCUUCAUUAGACGCCUCCACUCGGGUGCGAGCUACGCCAAAGCCAGUACACCCACCCAAUCCUCCAAAGCAACCUAAGAAACCGAAGGUCCCAUCUAUCAACAUUGAAGUGGGAUCGGUGGCUGGAAACAUAGACUUGUCUACAGGUCGCAUCAUGUUCAGUAUGUUCAAUCGAAUGAUGCAAGCCCUGACUGGUGAUCCGCGUCAGAAAGAAGACAAGCCCUCAACAUCAGAGCCUGCUGCAGGCUCCAAAGAAAACACGACCGAUUUUGAGCUGGCUGUCAAGCAAAUAGCCUUCUCGUGGCUUGAAAACAUCGCGACAGAAUCUGUUCAAAAAGGACAUGUGCCCAGUUGGCAACUCGAUCCUAAGCCAGUGGACGCCAUAUUAAGAGUCCAUCUCUCGAAGAUCCUGGUCAGCCAACAAAGCAUUUCAAAGGAGUCGCGAUCUCAGAUACGUAUUGGGAAAUUUGUCAUUGCAUCUUUGGAUCAAGACAUCAUUUCCUUCCAAAGUUUGAGACCGAAGUCCAAGAGAAUGAGCGGCACUGUGGCAGAGCAGCUCAGCAGUGACGUGGAAGUGGACUUCGUACGAGGGAAAGAUGAUCGUAUUACCGUCGUGACACGACCUGUCAAGGUCAUGUUUGACAUACAAAAGCUGGACGACGCGCUUGGCUCAUUUGGUGGCUUCAGCGGUAUGCUGGAGCUAGGUAACUCCUUCAGCUCUGCCAGCGCCUUGCAAAGUCCCGUCAUGUCUCCAUCACAUCCUCGGCCCCGUGGGGUUCAUUUCGGCAAUGGAUUGCCACCUCCAGCAAAAGAGUCCGUGGCACCCGCGCCACCCGUCAAUGGUCCCAAGAUCCAGGUGCAGUUUGGCGAAGUUUCUUUCACACUAAAAGGAAAAGCAUGUUCUGUGCAGCUGCAGACUACAUCAGUGCGUAUUGCAGUACGUCAAAGCAAUGUCCGUCUCAAGGUUUCUGAGCUCCAGCUCAUAGGACCCUACACGGAAGUCGGUCAAGGCAAUGCACCUUUCAUCGCAGAGCUGAAAGGAACCACUCUCAACUUCCUCUUUGCCCCUGAAGAGACAGAUUUGACAAGACUCAUUUCCAUGAUAACGCCAUCGAAGGACCCGUACGAGAACAAUGACGACAUCCUCAUCGAUACGUUGUUGCGCCAACGGAGAAAAGGCUCAGUCCUUCGGGUUGAGUUUGCCCAAGUUGGAGUCCGUAUCUCUGACCUAGAGCAAAUGAAAACCUUUGAAGCACUUGGCGCAGAGUUGGCACAAUUAUCCAAAGUAGCCAAAUACUUGCCUGAUGACGACCGACCAGGUCUACUGAGUUUAGUGUCGGUGAAGACAUUGGACAUGCGUGUAGUCGUAAACGAGAAGCUUGGAGAUCUUUCCGUUACCUUACAAGACAGUGCGCUGGCUCACGUAGGAGUUCCUGCUUUGUUGGCUACCGAAGUCGGAAAGGCAAUUGUAUGUCGGGAUGAUGAAGUGCUGAUCCAUGAAGUCGUAAAGAUGCGCCCGUCAGAGCAGUUACCUGCAAUUAUGUUGAGAAUGGUCGGUGACGAGAUGGAGCCUGUGGCGAAGGUGAAAUUCUACAAUCUCUGCAUCGAAUAUCGAGUAACGACCGUCAUGGCCGCCCUGGGCAUCUCGGAAGAUGGCACAGUUGACGAUAUUGCAUUGGAAGUUGCAUCAAGCGUUGCAACCAUUACAGGCGCACAUUCGCCUCAAACACUUAGUCGACAAUCUUCGCAGGCAAAUCCGCCUUCUGGACCUACCGCUAAGCCGCUACAGCUCGAUCUUCUAAUGAGAAACUGCGCGAUCGGUCUGAAUCCCCGAAAAACUUCAUCGAAAGGCCUUUUCGUACUUACAGAAGCGCACAUUGCGGGCAAACAGGCAAAGAACAACUAUUCAGUCACUGUGGAACUUCGUAAGGCUUCAAUGCAUGCCAUAGACGAUGUGGCUCGUUUGGAAGACGAACAUCAGCCGGCAUCACCAAUCUCAACGAUGAACCGUCAACUCUAUGAACUCAGUGAGCUGGGAUAUGUGUCUCUCAGCUCAAUCUCGGCUGCUAAGGUGUACGUCAACAUUGCAGGCGACGGGAAAGAACAACCACAGUUAGUAGAUAUUGAGUUCAAGAACGAGCUUUUUGUCAUAGAGUCAUGCGCAGAUUCGACACAGACUCUUAUUGCCAUUCUGAACGGCCUGCAACCACCAUCACCACCCUCGACAGCUGAGCAGUACCGAACAGUUGUGCCACUACAGCAGAUGAUGGAAUCUUUUACGGGUGAUGCGUUGGCGCAGGACGAAGACAUGGAAGCCGAUGAUUUCAUGAGCAACGCCGAUCUUGUAGAAGAUGAUCUCCCAACUAACCUUGAAUUUGUUGGAAGCAUCUACAAUUCACAGUCUUUGCCAACUGAAGAAGAGAUGGGAGAUAGUCUGCUCGGUGAGGAUGACCUCGGUGCAUUGGCGACACCUCCCACCACCCGCCAACGUGGCGAACGGGCAUUACUGGAAAGCUUCCAAGAAAAAUAUGAGAUCACACAAGGCGAGGAAGACUUUGACUUUAGCGAAGAGUAUUUCAGGGACGCAGACACGGAGCAAAAGGGCAAAGCUCGAAAGUGGGAUUCUGCCAAAAACCAGUACCAUCUUUCGAACGAGUUCAAAGCUCCAGAUGCGCCACUCAAGGUUCGCGUCCGCGACGUCAAUGUCAUCUGGAAUCUCUAUGAUGGUUAUGACUGGCCAAGAACGCGCAGUAUCAUCAGCCAAGCUGUAGAUGAUGUCGAAGCCCGCGCCGAGGAGCGGCGACGGAGAGUCAGGGAAGAAGAUGAGGAUGAUGACUUUGUCGAGGAAGACUUCUUGUUCAACUCCGUAUGGAUCGGCGUUCCUGUAAAAGACGAGAAGGGAGCUCUCGCCCGGCGUAUCAACCACGAUAUUGACGAUCUAGCCAGCGAGACCGGUAGUUAUGCCACCUCGACGGCAACACGCUCUACAGGGGCUACUGCUCGACCACGUGGCACAACCAAGUCUAGACGUCGGCUCAAGCUGGAGCGAAGCAAGCACAAGAAGAUCGCAUUUUCGCUUGUUGGCGUUGCAGUAGACCUUAUCGUCUUCCCGCCGGACUCAGGAGAGACGAUAAAUUCAAUAAACGUGCGAGUGCAAGACCUUGAGGUUUUCGACCACGUGCCUACGUCAACUUGGAAGAAGUUUGUUACUUGUGCAAUUGAUCCAAGCACUCGAGAGCUCAUUCGUCCUAUGAUCAAUCUUGAACUCGUUACAGUCAAGCCAGUCACGGACUUGGCAGCAUCUGAGCUCGUAAUAAAGGUCACCAUACUUCCGCUUCGGCUGCAUGUGGACCAAGAUGCUCUAGAUUUCAUCACGCGCUUUUUCGAAUUCAAGGAUGAUUCUGUACCAGCUGCUCCCCCAGCUGGUGAUCAGCCAUUUAUCCAGCGCCUUGAAGUAAUGGCCGUCCAUUUGAAGCUCGACUACAAGCCAAAGCGCGUAGACUACCGCGGUCUUCGUUCAGGACACACUACCGAGUUUAUGAACUUUCUGAUACUUGAUGGUUCUGACAUUGUCCUGCGACACGCAAUCGUUUACGGUAUCACAUCGUUUGACAAGCUGCACAAGACACUGAACGAUGUAUGGACGCCAGAUGUCAAAGAAAAUCAGCUUCCGGGAGUUCUUUCUGGUUUGGCGGCUGUGCGACCAUUGGUAAACGUUGGCUCUGGACUCAAGGACCUCGUUGUCAUACCGAUGCGGGAGUACAAGAAGGACGGCCGCAUCGUCCGCAGUUUGCAAAAGGGCGUCUACGCUUUCGCCAAGAACACGACUUCGGAAGUAGCACGUUUGGGCGCAAAGGUAGCGAUUGGGACUCAGAAUCUGCUCGAAGGCGCUGAGGUUUUCCUCAACCCCCAAACAGCCUCGCCCGGUCGCCACCAAUCCCACGAAUGGGAUGGUGAAGAUCCAAACUCUGAUUCCGAAGAGCCACGCGCAGUAUCAAACUACGCGAACCAACCCAUUGGUGUACGCGCCGGCCUACGCAGCGCAGCUAGACACCUCGAGCGCGAUUUGCUCACUGCGCGCGACGCCGUCAUAGCCAUUCCAGCAGAAGUCAUGGAAGAAGGCAGCGGAACAGGAGUAGCGAGAGCACUUGCUAGACAUGCACCUACGGUUGUCCUACGCCCCGCGCUCGGUGCCACAAAGGCACUCAGCAACGCCUUGCUGGGUGUCGGCAACGCGCUUGAUUCUGACUCGAGACGCAAGAUUGAAGACAAAUACAAAUCUUAUUAGACGGUUGGACGCGGGGAUUGUUAUUUUCCCCAUGUGUUUUUUUGGACCAUGAACGAACACUUUGUUGCCUUUAUGGCUAU